UCAAUUACAAACGCUAACGCUGCCACCGCUUUUACCUUGAACUUGAUAACUCCCAGUUCCGAUGCUGCUAUUCCGGGUACUUCAACUCCCACUGUCGAGUCUGGCGUAACCUCGGGAGGAGCCAGUGUUGUUGCUCGUAUCGCCAAAGAGGCCGAGGGCCUCCCGCCUGGCUGGCAGAUGGCCUAUACAGCGAGCGGUCGGUCUUUCUUCAUCAACCACAACAACCAGACAACCACCUGGGGCAUUCGUCGCAAUGUGGUCGAGGGCUUAACGUGUCAAGCUCUUAUUCUUCACUGUCACGGUUUAACUUCAGCUGGGGGUGUUGAUAAGACAGAUGCGAGGUCGAAACUGAGUCCGCCCUAG